UGUGCUACUGGGAGGAGGGGGGAGCACAGUUUCCCAGCUUCACCAGCGCGCUGGUGGGGUGUGUGGGGCAGCUGGGCGAUCAUCGCAUCGAAGGGAAAUCUAGUGUGUUUGUGCUCGACAAGCGUUAUUUUGUUCUCCUUCUCCCGUUGGAAUUAGUUUGACACUUGGAAGGGUUUUUCAUUCCCUUCAUGCCGUGUGCCCGUGUGUUGUAGCUGCGAAAGGGCGAGAUCGUUGUGACUGAGUGUGAGUUGUGUCUUCUUCGUGGUGUUUGCUCGUGGUUUCCUCUUACGUGCAUAUGGCAUGGCGCAAUGGAAACGGGAUGAUGGUGAUGUGUUCCUUACGUUUCCUUCUCACUGUCACAGAAAAAAGGACUGCGUGCGGCUGCAAAGCAAGGAUGCGUUUCGCACCGUAACCGUGUGUGUCUCUGUUGUGUGUGUUUGUGUGUGCGUGUGUGUCUCUUUGUACAUGAACGUGUGUGAGUGUGUGGUGUAGUGUUUGCUUGUGUUUCUGGAUACAGUGGUCCCUUUUCGAAGCUGUGUGUAAUUGAUGUGUUGCAGAGCAAACGGUCCACGGUCGGGGAUGCAGCAAGCAAAUGAUUGCGCGUGUUCGAUGCCCUGGCAACAGUGAAGACAGUGGUCGUACAUUCGGCAAUCUAUCUGUGUGACAACGCUUGCAGAGUGGUGUGCGGGGAGGGGAGCAUCCUACGAUAAACAGAGCAUCCUCGGGGCGAUCGAUCCCCCCCAGGUUGUGUGGUUCACUUCUCAUUAGUGUGGGGCCGAGGCACAGUGUGCCAUGAUGCUGCAGUGUCGUCGCUAGCAAGUGGAAACGGAUACGAAAACAGCCCCCGAAUCAAGGGGUGUAAGAGCGAGGAGGUGUUAUGGUGUUCUAUGGCUACCAAUCGCAACCGUAAAAGACACCGUCCGGAAUGUCCCGGAAGCGGGUGUUUGUUUUUUGCUACUCCGCACGGAAAGUGGCCCGUGAGAUGUGAGAUGUGAGAUAUGUAUAGUAUACAUCCGAGUGAGCGAGUCGCGUUAGGAAGUGAGAAGAAUAAAGUGAGUUGGUGUGUGAGAAUCGAGGCGACCGUGUGACGCGCGUGACUCAGUGAGGGUGAAAAUUAGUGGCACGAACACACUGAAGAAGCGAGAAGGGGGGAAGAAAGUGAGACGGAGCAGAUCGUGGAAUUGGAUAUUGGUUUUCCGUGCAACUUGGGCAAGGGGAGGGAAUGGUGUGUGGUUAGCAGAGCUACACUGAAAGCGACACACCCGUUGGAGAUUGUUGCUGCCGGAAGGUGCAAGGGUCGCGUAAAACUAGCCGAAAGAAUCACGAGCGCGAGCAUACGCGAACGAUGGAUUUCAUCGACGAUCUGCUGAAUCAAAUGUCGUCCGCCUUCAACCAGGAGACGGCCAUCCCGAAGAAGGAGGAGAUCUCGAUGGACGAAACGCUCAAGUGGCGAGCGCUGAAGAACAAUCAGUUUGCAUCGCGGACGCGCCUGCCCCAGCAGCAGCAGCAGCAGCAAGCGGGUAGCGGUGGAAGUGGAACGCGCAGCGGUCAGACCAACGGACGCAAGAGUGCUGGUGCGACCAGCGGCGGUGGCAGUGGUACGGCAAGCGGAAGCACUGCGAGGAGGGAGCGGCGUCGAACGGUGGGAGGAACGGGCAGCAAUAGCAGCAACGACAGUGGCAGCAGCAACGUUGCAGUGGAUGAGGGCAGCAGAUCGCCGGCGGCACUGCUGGGUGACAACGGUUGCUUGACGCCCCCUGAGGCAGCAAACGGAGGGGGAGAGGACGGCGGGGAGGACGAAGAGGACAACAUUGAGAUAGAGAUAGCGAAGGAUAUUAGCGGCGAGGAGUUGCAGGAAGCGCUCGGGCUAAGCCAGCUGAUCGAGGUCGACUCGGCGGAAGACUUUGCUGCAGGCGGUGCGAUGGAGGUGGAUGAGGAUCGGCUGGAACCGUCGGACGAUUCGCUGCUGCCCGGUGGUGAUCGGAAAAGUAGUCCACCAGCCCUAGCGAAGCUGGACACAGAGAAGGAGGAGGAGGAGGAGGAGGUGGUGGACGGAAUCGGGCAGGAAGAUUGCAAACCAGAAGACGAGAUGGACACUAAGUCAUCGCUGCUUGAGGUGCCAUAUUGUAGUAGUGCGAGUGUAAGUCCCUCGAUGGGUCUGGCGCAGGGGAAGGACUCGACCGGCGAUCAGCAGCAGCAGCAGCUGAAACGGGACACGGAUGAGACGGAUGCGGCGGAUGUGCCGAUGGAAACCAGCGAGCUGGAACUGGAGACAAAGUCAAGCAAUACGCUCGAGGGCGAGACAGCAGCAGUAGAGGGAGAUGGUACGGGGCGCGUCUCCGUUGCAGAAUCAGCAAGCAAACAGGAACCUGCUCUUGAGCAGGGUAGCGAAAAGGGCGAACCGACCGACGGUUGCAGUUGUGCCGCCGAGGGGAACGACGAACAGGAUCACGUUGCGGUGGCGGAACUGGACGACGCAUCAACACUGGAAGAUGACGAAGACGAUGUGCUCAUCAUCAACACCGACGAGAUGGACGAGGUGGUGGAGCUAGCGGAAACGUCCAAAGAGGACGAGGAAGACGAUGAAGAUGGCAUGUCGGACGGCAAGAUAGCAGCGGAGCAAUCGAAUGCUGACGAUCGUGCGAAAACUGCGUCCCCACCGAAAGAUAACGAUGCCAGUAGUACGGCAGUGGUGUCAUCGGAGAAGCCGGAUGAAAAGCAACCAGAACCGGAACCGCUAGUCGUGGUGGCCAUUCCCACCGAAAAUGUGACCGAAAGCGAGGAGGAAAAGUUUAACCCACAGGAAGAAGUGGCCGGAGCGUUGCAGGGUGACAAACUCAGCCACGACGAUCAGUCUGCGGGCGAUUGUGGCGAGGUGAAGUACUCCGACGCUUUAAAGUCUUCCAUUAGCGGCUCGCCAACGAAGGCGGACGACGAGGCACGGUCGGACGAAAAGCUGGUAGAAUCGAAGACUGACGAAGCAAUGGCGGCGGAAGAUAGGAAGCCCGCCGAACACGAAGCACACUCCGACGCAGGGUCAGCAAAUACCUCAACGGAGGAUGGCGCCGACAAGACCAAACAGCCGGCCGGACGAACGACACGGAGCAAGAAGGGAGCCGCUGUGGUGGCUACCGCUGCUACUGCGGUUGCCUCGGCUACCAGCACAACGCUUUCGCAGAGACGAUCCCAGCGCUUCCAGAAGGAGUCGGCCGGGGCGGCGGGUGAUGGUAAACCGAACGGCGACGUAGCCAGCGAACCAUCCACGAUCGUGGUGAAGGAGGAAGAAGUGGACGAUGGAGCGACAGCCAAGAAGCGUGCCUCGGUCGGGCCAGCUAGUGAGGCUAAGGUGAAGGGCACGCUCAAGUCCGACCGGAGUCUGCGUAGCAAGCAGCAGGGAAAUGCCGGUACGCUGCCGGCACAGCCCACCGUGAUGACUCGCCGUGCCUCGGAGACGGUGAAACCGGCAGCGGACGAGGCAAACGAGUCGCUUGAUACGAUGGAGACCGGCACCGACAAGUCGAUCGUUGGUCGCCGGGGACGGAAGCGAUUGAGCCAGGAGCGGUCGGUGCCAGCUGCCGCUUCGGUGGUAUCGAACGAGCCGCCGAUGGUUCGUGCGCGUGAAAAGCUAGCCCGCGAUGAGCCGGCCAAGGUGGUGGAAGCGGCCGAGCAGCGUCGUGCCAGCCGGUCGGGGUUUCCCGCAGAACCAGAGGAAAGCGACGCUGGUGCCAAGGUGACGAUAGCGGCGACACCCGCGCAGCAGGAAAAAUCCACCCCUCAGCAGCAAGUGCCGCAGCGGCGUGGCAGGAAGCGGAAGAAUCCAAGCACCGCCGAAGCAACGCCACCAACGGCUACGUCCACACCGUCCGGUCCCGGAGCUGCCAGCGCGGACAAACCUCCGCUCCAUCCGUACAAACGCGCGGCCAGAGUGUCCAGGGACGGCAGCGACGGUAUCCUGGCGUCCGCACUGGCCCGCCGUGACAAGGUGGAUUCGCAGGGGCGCCUGUCGCGUCCGAUCAAGCUGUCCGCCAAGAUUCUCGCCAACGAGGAGCUGCGCCAGGGCUUCGAGCAGCACAACAAUGGGCGUAUCAUCAUCGGAUCGGAGCAGUCUUCCCCUGCCGUGGUGGUGCAUGAGGAGGAACUGCCCUCAGGUUCGGUGGUGGAACCGGAGAAACAACGCAAACCGGCUCGAGACGUGGUGGAACAUUCGGUCGCUAGCAGCAGCACGAUCGGUAGCAGCAGCGAGGAUGUAACGCUGGUGUCGGUGACCUUGCCACCAACAGCGAAACCGGCUUCGUCCGGAACUUCGUCCACCAGACGGUUGCCGCCAUCUCAGGAGAAGGAAAGUGAAGCGGGACCGUCGGCACAGCCACAACAGCAAAGCAGGAGACCGGCCGAACCGUCGCCCGCCGAUCGGCUAGCCGCAUCGAAGGCGCGGGCAAGGCAGGCGGCCAAAGCGAACGCACCGCCCUGUCCGGACGUGGAUAGCUUCCUGCAGGGAGUUCGCGCAAUGCGUCUCGGUACCGCGAACCGAUCGCGCACCGAUGACAACCGUAAGCUGAACCGCCGGCAGCAGAAACGGGCGGACAAGAUGAAGCUAAAGUUCAUGGCCGGGUUGGGGCUGCAGCGUCCCAGCGCCCAGCAACCGCGCAACGGUACCGAUGGGGAUGAUUUCGACGUGCAGAUGUCUGUGGGCGAGUCGGAUUCGAGCGGCAGCGAGGCUGACUUUGUGCCGCCGCAGAAGAUCGGUACGGUGGGCCGGCCGAACGUUACGUUGCGCCUGCGCAAACCGGAAACGCUGCUGGAAAAUCCUCCACGCAAAGCUUCCCUCGCUUCCGCCGCCGGUCCGGCGAACCGUGUGCCGCUCGUAACGGCCCCAUCCGGUCCGGUGGGCAUGCCGAAAUCGUCGGCCGUUAAUGCUAACCGCCAGGCAGCGAAUGCACACGCGCGCCAAGUGGGCAAGCAGUCGAACGGUGGCAGGACACCGCUAGCACCAGCGAACGGUGCCGGUAAAUCGCGCUCAUCCGCCUCGCCGGCAGUGAUACUGCCUGCCACAAUGACAACCCUGGGCGCACGGUCUUCCGCUUCGAAAACGGUCGCUGGCAGCACUACGGCAGGGUCGAAAUCUACCGCCGCGACGCUGCUAAAGGACAGGGAAACGGAACAGUUCAAACGGUCGCUGCAGCGGCUCGGUUGCGAAAUUACGCUCAUACCUACGACGGGUCGGGCCGAUUCCCGUGCCGUUCCUUCGCCGGCUGCGCCUGGUCCUUCGCGGAGCGGGCCGGCCACAAAUGCUUGGCCAGUUCGUCGCGUAAAGGAUACGGCACCGGCUGUGGGACAGCAGCAGCAGCAGCAGCGACCCCGCUCGCAGCAAAACGUCGCCACGCCUCCAAUCCUUCCCGGUACGACCUCGCCGAGCUUACAGAUUAUGUUGGGUGGUGGGCCAGGAUCAGGACAACCGGUACGCACAACUUCCGGACUGGUGGCGUCCAGCACCCGGACAGCAGUGCCGGAGAACGAAAGUUGCGCUUCCGAUUCGCUCGUCUGCCACUGCCGCCAAAAGUCGGACAUAUUCGUGGCGAAAACGGUCGGCAAUGGGUACUGCACGGCGGUGGACGAUAUCGAUGGCCAGCAGAUUGGGUGCUGCAACGAGCUGUCGAACGAUCUGCUGAACAUGCUGCGACCGAGUGCACGGGUCAGCUUUCAGCUGCUUUGCAACAUGCACCGGAAACGGCUGGAAGACCACGGCUGCUGUGCCAUCUGUGGAUGGUUUUGUACACAGGGUAACUUUGCCAUGUGUAAAAAUGCACAUCUGUUUCAUCCGAAAUGUGCGGACAAGUACACGCUCAACACACCGUACAAUCCGGCCCGUCCCGGUGACCAUGCUGCCCCCACGCUGGUGCUCAAAUGUCCGCACUGCAAUCAAGAGUGUCCGAACGGAGAAAUCGAGGUGAACAUUCAGCUCACAUCGCCACCAGUGCUGCUGCCCUCUCGAAAGAGUAUGGUGAAGCCGGCUAAGAUGACGGUUUCUAAAACUGGUAGCGGCGGCAGUAGCAGCACGAACGGUAUCAGCGGACCAUCCAACGGGAAAGAUAGCUUCCGUACGACCGUUCAAUCGUUGGUGCCGAGCAGCGUAAAGAACAUGCUAGCAACAGACCACAGUAGUAAAAAUGGUAGUGGUGUUAGUGCUUCCACUAGCGCCAGUUCAAGUGCCAGUAGAACAAGUUCGGCAAAAGACGCCGGCAGUACGGCGGGCACCAGCAGUACAGGGACGAAGCUUCGACAUACGGCGAAGGAUUUCACCAAUGCCGUCUGCACGAAGAAGGAUGAUGCACUAGUCUCGGAGAUUAUCACUUCCGGGUUCGACAUCGAGACACGGUUUCGGGAGUACCAUCAUGGGACCUGUCUGCAUGUGGUGUGUAGUUACGGUACACCGGCGAUGGCCUAUCUGAUCAUGUGCCGUGCCCGCUCGGUCGACUAUCUGAACAUCUUCGAUCGGGAGCUGCACACGGCAGUGAUGCGUGCGGUGGUCGGCUCCAAAAGUGACAUCGUGAAACUGCUGCUGGACAGCGGGGCGGACGCAACGCUCAAGGGCCCGUACGGUAUGACCGUGCUGCAUUUAGCGGCUAAGCAGGGUCAGCACGACACGGUGCGUACGAUACUGGAGUGCGCUAGACAGCGGCUGACGGCACGCGCCCUGAUGGCGUUUGUGAACGCGGUUGAUAAUGGGCGCUGGACGGCACUGGCGUGGGCCGCUGAGAACCGCCACAAGCAGACGGUGGAGCAGCUGAUCUCGAUCGGGGCCGAUGUGAAUGUGUGCGAUCGAUUGAACAACACCUCCCUUCACUGGGCGUCCCUGUCCGGCUGCUCCGAUACGCUGUACCGGCUGAUGACCAAGGACUGCAAUCCAAACUUGCAGAAUAGCAAUGGCGAGACACCGCUACAUAUUGCUUGCCGCCAGGGCCAUGCCGAAAUUUGUGUUGUGCUGCUAGCCAUGGGUGCUUCAUUGAACGUUCGUAACACAUCAAACCAGUUGCCGCAGGACAUUAUCCUUGAUCCGAACAGUGAGUGUGGCAACAUUAUAGCAGCGAACGUGAAAAUGCGCAACCUAUCAAAUAACCUGAAGGAAACGCACAUCAUCUGCAGUGAUAUCUCCAAUGGCAGAGAACGGCACCCGAUACAAGUUGUGUACUAUACCCGGGGUGCUAACGAACGUCAGCUUACCGUGCCGAAGUUAAAGUACAUUCAAAGCAAUGUCCAGAUCGACUAUCGCGUAACAAUUGACACUGACGCCCGCAACAUGCACGUUUGCUCCUGCGUAGACAGUACCUGCACGUCGAAGGAUUCGGAGUGCCUGUGUUCGGAACGUACCUGGUAUACGAACGAUGGCCGGCUGGUGAACGAUUUUAACUACCUCGAUCCGCCAAUAAUCACCGAAUGUGGCGAUCUGUGCGACUGCAAUCUGCGUUCAUGUCGAAACAGGGUCGUGCAGCAUGGUUUAGAUGUACCACUGCAGCUGUGCUACAUCCCUGGGAAGGGUUGGGGCGUACGCACGAUGGUACCGAUCCCGAAGGGUACCUUUCUGGUCGAGUAUGUCGGAGAGAUACUUCCGGACGAAGCGGCCAACCAUCGGCUGGAUGAUAGUUACCUGUUUGAUCUAGGCAAUGGGUACUGCCUCGAUGCCAGUACGUACGGAAAUGUGAGCCGCUUCUUUAACCAUUCCUGCCGGCCGAAUGUUUCGCCCGUAUCCGUGUACUACGAUCAUAAGGACCAGCGGCAUCCAAGAGUAGCAUUGUUUGCCUGCCAAGACAUUGGAGUUCAGGAAGAAAUAUGCUUUGAUUACGGGGAGAAGUUCUGGGCGGUGAAAAAAGGUUCAUUAGCGUGUCGGUGUAAUACGGAGAAGUGUCGCUACAGACAAGCAGAAUAAGAACCGUCGCCGAAAAUGAUUGCCAGCGGGGAAGAUUGAAGUAUCAGUCAGACACCCCAAAAACAAUAGUUGAGGCGAUACAACAAAUCGUUGGAUGUACCAAACCGUACAAUACCACCAGAAGAAGGAAGUUCGUCGAUUCAUGUUUCGGAUUGAGGCUAUGUAAGAUGGGUGUAAGUGAAAUGGGGAAAGAUUGGCUCUGCUAGGGGAGAUAUAAUAUUUAUUUAUAAAUCCUAAUUGUGAUUAGAUAAUUUUGUGAAUUGAAAUGUGUCCAUAAAGCAAAAUGGGCAACUUCAGUGCGGUGUGUAUUGCCUACUCCACAACAGAGAGGAGGCCCCCACCAUAUGUACAAAACAAUACAGAGAUUGUACAGUUAACGCGAGGAAUGAUCUUUUGUAGGACGGAUCUAGGGAAACUCAAAAUUGUACCAAAAAGAGACAAGCAACAAAAAGAAGAAAACUGAUAUUUAGCAGCAUGUCUGUACAUGUUUCGCCAUAUCAAACCGUUGAUUCAUCACAGAAAACGGUUCGUUCGGUAAACAACCUGCGUUUUUGACUUAUCUAAGUUUGGUCUAUGUUGCCAUUUUUGCAAUUUCUAGCUAGAAACGGACACAGCAAUACGGGGGCAGCAUGAGGGAUAUGCAGAGCGUGUAUGUUAAGCAAUCAUUUAGUCACUUGUGUAAAUUGCUAUAUAAAUAUCUAGAUUGACACUCAACGGCAGACGGCUGUUGCGGAAACAAUGCACAAAAGAAAAAAAAAAACGAUCCCUUGCGGUAACAAAUUUUGGUUUAAUAAAACAAAAAACAAAAAGAAAAGGUUUAGGCGCACAGUUAUGCUUGUGUGAAGGUUAGUGUGAGUGUAGCAAAAGGAUUUCUUACCGGAAUUUCAAUAGUUCGGUUGGGUUUGGGUCUUCAAACAAAGACGACGACUCAUUUUGUUUGUAGUAUUCCGUAAAGUAUAUGCCAUAUUUAGUUGCCACCGAUAUUAGUCUUCUUGGUAGUUAAUACAGCUUAAGUCGUCAAUAAUUCAUUUAUAAAACAUUUUUGCCGUAAGGUUUUAUGCAACUGUGAGACCUUAACUUUACCAAUGUUAGUAGUGACUAGAAUACCGGAAUGUUUGCUUCAGUUCGCGGAGACGAUGACGAUGGAAACAAAAUGAUUUCGUUCACAAAAUCAAAACCAAGAAACUAAUCUAAUCACUCUACAACAACUCAUAGCAUCACCUUGCUCGUGAGCAUAUUUUAUAUCGUUAGGAGAAUAGAGAUUGUGGAUUCUGUUUUUAAUAAGUAUUGAUAUCAUUUCGUGGCCAUGUUGCGUGUCUUUGUGGAGUAAACAGCAAGGAAUAAUAAUAUUAAUCAUAAUACAAAGUUAGUUUAUGCCUUGUGAAUCAGAUUUGACAUUAGCGCUAUCAUACCAAAGCAGUGGGAAUCGGUCGAUUCUUAUUUAGCUCAAGACUAUUCAUCUAUUUCCUAGUUUACAGACAUCGCUGCUGUUUGUACUCCCGUCAUUAGACUUUACAGUAUCGAUUGUACGUAGUUCCUUUGAAUAGUUUCUUUUCUUUCGGUUUAUUUCGCUACCUUGCUUGCCGUCGCGUGAUGCCAUAUAUAAAUUGUAAGUAAUGCAAUGCGUGUGUUGAGUUGUUAGAUAAAACGGAAACCGAUAGGUAAAGACAAGGGAGGUAAGGGAGACAUCUGAACAGAGAGCUAGUAUCAUAUUUAGUGUGGUAGAUACAGAGGCAACUUAAAACAGUGGUAAACAAUAAAACGACAAACGGUCGGGCAAUGCAA